UUAUUUAUUAAAAUGCUCUGUUUAGCUAAAAAAGAAUUUGUUCCAUACUUUACGGACACAGUGUAUAUAUAGUUUAUGUAGUUUCGUAAUAUGGAUAUAUUGACAAAAUUUAUGGACCUGUUACGAAAACUGUUUUAAAAUAUAUACGGAAAAUAUUUUAAAAUAUUAAAACGGAAAAAAAUACUUUCGAGUUAGUCCCAUAUAGUACAAAAAAACAACAGAAAUAAGGAACUAUUUAAGUUUGAGCCCUUAUAUUAUUAAUAUCCCUUCACUGUUUAUGCAAUAUAGCGAUUUAUAACGAAUUGGACCCAAUUAUUUAUUACAUUUUGCAUAAUAUAAAGGCUCAACUAAAAAUUGUUCUAUAUAAUACAAAAAAUGUUAAAACACAAUCUCACCAUGUUCUUUUUCUCUCUGUGUCAGCGCUAACCGGCAGAGCAUUUCAUUUUGUGCCCUUAUCAUUUAAAAUCACACUUAACAAAAAUUUUGAGUUGAGCCCUUAUAUUACUCAGGGUGCGAUAUAUACGUUUUUUAAUUCUUUUAUUAAACUAUUUUUGGUUUCAAAACAAAAAAUAGUUUCAGAACCAAUAUUUGGGUGUCUACUGUUUCUUGUAAUUUUAUUAUUUUUAAUUUAAUGUAGUUUUACUGAUUUUUUGUAGUGGCCCAUUCAUCUUAUUGAAAGGUUUUUCGAAUAUUGUAUAUAUAAUUUAAUGAGACUUUUUCAGGAAAUACCACAUCAGCGAGGGCUCGAUAACACGGAAAGAGUCCCACCAGAGCUCAAUCCGUUUGAUACGUAGGUAUCUGGGAUGAGUGAAUUUUCCCCUUAGUGGGAGUGUGAGCCGUAUGGCGUAAAUCUGGAUUUCUGGACAUUUUAGCUAUCCACAGCUUAACACGUUCAAUGCCAAUAACGCGCUGGCGCGUCGAUACAUGACAAUGGCUAGGUGCCGACGACGCUCUCGCGCGUUCAGACUUUCAUCGAUUAUUAUCUUGGAUUAUUUCACUGGCGCUACAACAGGGCUUUUUAUAUUUUAAAGGCAGGUAACUAGAGGUAUCAAUUCUCUAAUUUUGUUCUUGGUUUUUCGAUUUACGACUUUUUGUCCCGAUAGGAUGUGUAUAUCUGUUGGCUUUGUAUUAAGUGUAAAUAUCAGUAAUAGCACAUAUAAUUCUGCAAAUGCUUAUUAAUUUAUCGGAUUACUAACCGUGUAAAAAUUAAACAUUCCCAGAUUUCGGUAUUUCCCCUAUUUUCUAGAGUCGCUAAUCGUAAAGCUUGGUAAUACCCGGAUAAUUUCGGUGUUUCCCCUAAAUGUUAUUUGAGUUCUUUUACAUCUCCUUUGGUUAUUUUAUAUUUGAAUGGCAUAGGGUAAGCAUAGGAAGUGCAAAAAUGAAUAACACUGACGAUAUUUUACAAAGUGGCUCAAAUUCAAAUAAAAAAAUAAAAUUAGAUAUGAAAAAAAAAUUAACAGAGGAAGAACUUUUGAGAUUAUUAGAAACAAGCGAUGAAGAAUUUAGUGACUUUCUUGAUUCAGACAGUGAAUAUUUACCAGAAUUUGAGGAUGAAAUUGAAAAUACUUUACCUACAGCACUUAUUGAGGAUACGGAAGAUACGGUAUGUUACAAAAUUAAAUGCAAAUAUUAACUUUUUAUUAAAACAUAUUAUUUAAUUGUAGCCUAAUCUACUCGUUGAUGUUGAUGAAAGCGAUAAAUGGAAAGAAAAUUUUGAUGGUAUGAAAAAUUUUCCUUUUUUAAAACACCAAGAGUUACUAGUAGAAGUUUCCGAUAAUAAUCCAGUUGACUUUUUUCGGAUGCUACUUACAGAUGAAUGUUUGCAGCAAGUAUGUGAUGAGACAAACAGGUAUGCCGAGCACAUUUUCUUAUCUAAUGCAGGGGCGACACAUUCUAGGAUUUUCGAUUGGAAAAUUUUGACUUCCGAAGAACUGCUAGUCUUUUUAGGAUUAGUUCUACACAUGGGUCAUAUUUCGUUGCCUAGGAUUGAGGAUUAUUGGAAAAAGAAAGAUCCUCUUUUUGCUAAUGCAAUUUUUUCCACUUUUAUGGGCCGGAACAGAUUUAUGGUCAUAAUGCGAUGUUUGCAUUUUAAUAAUAAUCCAGAAGAGGGAGAACAAGUACCUGAAGACAGAAUUUAUAAAAUUAGACCGAUGAUAAACUUUUUCAAUAAGAGAAUGGAAGAAGUUUAUUAUCCUGAUCGUAAUUUGAGCUUAGAUGAGUCAAUGGUAUUACACAGAGGACGACUUAAUUUUAGACAAUACUUAAAAAACAAAAAACAUAAAUAUGGGAUUAAGUUGUAUAUGUUGACCGAACCAAAUGGUCUAAUUUUAAAAUUUUUAGUUUAUUCUGGAAUGUUUGACGAUUCAGGUGGAAAAGGACAUGUUAAUAAAGUGGUUUUGCACCUUUUAGAAGGGAAACUAAAUGUAGGCCAUUGCGUUUACAUGGACAAUUUUUACAACAGCUUUGAUUUAGCUAAAAAUUUACUUGAAUUUUCCACUUACUGCACAGGAACUCUUAGAAUUGACCGUAAAAAUAAUCCGGCAGAAGUAAGGCAAGAAAAACUUGCUAAAGGUGCAACAAUUGCCCGUUGCCGAAAAGGGGUAUUAGUUGGCAAAUGGAAGGAUAAAAGGGACGUUUACUAUAUAACAACAGAAUGUCAAAACACUUUACAAGAAGUUACAACAAGAAGAGGUCAACAUGUAAUAAAACCAGAGCCUAUUAUCAGAUAUAAUAAAAAUAUGUCUGGUAUUGACCGGCAAGACCAGAUGCUUGCCUAUUAUCCGAGUCAACGAAAAACUGUACGAUGGCCAACAAAAAUAUUUAUACAUGUUAUACAGAUGAUGGCUAUAAAUGCCCACAUACUAUACAACAAGUACUCUGGAAAAAAGAUUGGUCUUUACGAAUUUCGUUUACAACUCGUUAGAUCCCUUUUAAAAGUUAUUAAUUCUGAAGCCAAACUUGUUCCAAAAGAUCAUUCAGUAACAAAACGAGAGGUAAAGGAUGUAAAGGGAAAAGUUAUGAGAAAACGCUGUAAAACUUGCAGUCAACAAAAUAUUCGUAAAGAUACAAUUUACGAAUGCAAAGCCUGUCCCGAUACCCCUGGAUUUUGUCUGGAUUGCUGUCAAAUAUCCCACAAAGUUUAAUGUUGUUUUAUUUACUUAUAAUUUAUGUUAUUUUGUAUUUCUUGUUUUGUUUUGUAUUAGUAAAUAAAUGUUCCUACUGAU